AAUAGGCCGAGUAUUUGCCAAGCCUAUUGCAGCGCAAGAGAACAUGAGUUCCCUGUGCUACGCUAAUAAGAGCAGAUCCUUUAAUGGCAUCCAGAACCACCAAGCAGCGCACACCAAGAGCCAGAUGUCGUAUGAUCCCCAAGUGAAGCCUGUUCAUCAAUCCAACUGCGAAAAGACUUCAAUUUUCAGCUCGCCUUCGGUUGAGAACCUAUUGACCUGUGGCAAUGAUGACAGUGCAGACAAUCAUCUAGUAUCUGCGGACAAUAUCUCAAAGCUAGCCAAGAUACAGCACGAAUUCAUAACCACAUUUCCGGAGCAUGACUACCUCUUCAAGUUACCUUCAAAUUCGUGUAUACCAUCCCUCUCAACACCGCCCCAAACACCCCCUGAAAUCUUAGAGUCUACAUACCCUACUACAUUAUCUGCACCUUCACCUGAAAGUUACGAUAGCCUUUCACUUGUGAAGUUCUCUAAUUCCUUGCCCCACUCUAAUACGCCAUAUUCAUUUCCAAAUCCUAUAAGUAUUUGCUGUGCCCUGAAACAAGAUCUUCUUUGGGAAGGGGCGCUGUACGUAACGGAAACACAUGUAUGUUUCUAUGGCAAGAGCGAUGGAAAAGCCAUUCGAAUGAUAAUUGACUACCAUGACCUGCUGUUUUUUAAACAGCAAAAGGAAGUAGGUCAUGACUCAAACUCUAUCAGAAUCGGAGUGAGAUCAAUCUCAGAGAAGGGCUCUUUUGGGACAGAAUACGUAUUGGUGAAUAUUUCAGACCCACAACGCGCUAUUGCAGACAUCGAAAGAUUCUGGUCAGUUCGUUGUUCAACAACCAAGGGUGAUCAGCAAUUGGCUAAAAAUUCUGCGGUAAUAGUCAAUAAAAGUCAGGAUCGUCAAAUCAGAACAUUGGACAGUACUAUCAAUGCAAACACGAUGUAUGACGGUAUUGGAUCGACACAGUGGUUAGAUAGCACAUGGACUGUCGAGACUGAUAAGAAGAGCCUCGAGCAGGAUAUUUAUAGCAGGACUUGGAGACAGGAUGGGACCAAGAACGCAAAUUUACAUGUUGGAAGCAGAGGGCGUUCACAUUCUUCUGAUCGUGUUGAUCUUCAGGCGAGCUCCAUGGAUUCGACAGACUUUUUUGGGACCUUACUAUUGAGACGUGAAAUAAGUCCCAGUACAUGUCAUUCUAGUUCAAGCUCCGACGAUUCGACGCACUCUUGCAUAGGUACAGGAGACACCUCAAAUACUACCAUUCAUGCAGACGAUACAGUGGCACCAAUACCGAUACGAAACCUGGGGCCCUCAAGAUCCUAUCAAGGAUCUAACAUCAAGUCGCCAACACCGCCACCUUUAUUACUUUCACCAUCUCUUCCAACAACCAAGGUCUCCCAUUCGUCGUCGACAACCCGUGGGGUGAUAAAGUCGGGUGAAAUAUUUAGUACUGUUAUGGAUACUAGUAAAGGGAAUGAAAGAAAUAGAUUCGAGAAUCAUAAAGAAAGGGGGUCAAGCAUGCUUGCACUAAACAAGCGAAUUUCGAACUCUCCUCCGCUGAAGUCGAACUUGCUCGAAUCGGAGCCAAUAUGUGAUUCAUUCGAGGUACCACAAGGACCCACACCUUGUGACUGUGAAAGGCAUUAUAAACACGCAAUCCUAUCCACCAUAGUCCCUAUGACAUUAGAACAAUGCUUCGAUCUAUUGUUUUCAGGCGAUGGAGCAGAAUUUGGCAAUAAGCUUAUUUGUGAGGCUCGUAGGAGCGUUGAUGGAUCCUCGAAGGUGAAGUUCACGCCAUGGUCUUUAGACUCUGAAUUGCUUACAGGUAGUAAGAGCAAGUGGGAAGGACGGACAAGACAGCUCGAAUACUCUGUAUCUUUCAAUAUUCCAAUGUUGACCAAAGCGUCAAUUUGUUGCCUCGAAACGCAAAAGGUUUUACGACAUGACAAUCGGGUGAUUCGCGUCUGCACUGAAUCUAAGACGCCAAGUAUACCAUUCGGUGAUCAAUUUACAAUUGCCACUCAGAUCUGUCUAACAUGGGAGUCGCUAGGAAACACAAGGAUAAAGUGUUUCACGCAAGUGGCAUUCAAAAAAUCUAUCCUACUAGGCGGCAUGAUCGAAACAAGUUAUUUGGAAAGAUCAUGUGCAUUCUAUCGAGAAAUCGUUCGACAGCUUGUAGAUGCUGCCGACACCCUAAAUGACACUGUUAUCAUAUGGAAAGCGCCUUCAGUCCAAUUGACAUCGGAAGCCCCUAAUGUAUCACAUUCUGUUACUCAAGAAAACGUCAAUAACAGUCUAAAAAACAAAUUAGACAAUGUUUCAAUGGAGUCACCCCCAUUGAGGUUCCAAAUAACGCCGCGAAGCUUUUCUGAGUCCAGCACUGCGCUUUCCUUACUCUCGCAGCAGCUUUUGAGGAACUCUCCAAGACGUGGACGUCGACCUUCCAUAAUAUCGAUGCAGCGAACUGCUAGCUCCUUGUCACCAAUCGAAACAUUUCAUCAGGUGCAUGCAACAGCUUUGUCAGACAGAAGUUCAGGGGUGUUGGACUUCAUGCAAUCAAUUAGCCCUCGUAUGGCCUCCUCGAAGGAGCUGAUGGAGCAGGACGAUCAGUCUUUAAGUAAUGGUCAACUAAGGACUGCUACUUUUGCCACGAGAUCUAUCAGGACUGUGUCACACCUCUGGAUAGAAGCACUGGACAAGAGCUUUGCUGUUAUCAAUGAUCUAUUUCCAACCUCUUCUCCACCGGAAACGAAAAUGCAAGAAAAAGCGCAAACCAAUUCAGAGGCAAUAACAGUGCCUACCAAAACUGAAGACACUCAGUCGGCAGAAUCAACGCAAUCGAAUGCUGUUGAUGCUGGACAUGAAUGUGUAUCGGAUACACCAGAUCAAUCUGUCAUUGCUACAGGAGCAUCGGAUUCGUGCAGCUCACCAAGACAAAUUCAUUCUCGAAUAAUAACUCCCAUACUUCUUCUAGGGAUCUUUAUGACAAUCGUAAAUGUCUUACAUCUCCUCAGCGCAGUUUCAAGUGUUGCAACUGUCUUGCAAACCAAUGACUUCAAGUACAAGCGCAGCGCGGUUGAACAAAAUGUUCCUUUUGAUCAGAUUUCGGUGCACCAGUAUUAUCAAAAACAACCGAUAGUGUUGCCGUUACGGAUACGAACCGAGAUACUGCGAGCUGAGAUCCAAAAACUUACAAUCAUGCUGGAACUGAACCGUAGCCUAAAUUUACCCCAACCACACUAGUUUAUCUAAUACUUUAUAUAUACCCUAAUGAAGUUUUAAUACGAUAGCUUUUUUAUUCUAUAUAGUUUAUUA